UGAUCGUCAAUGUCCACUUUUGCAUGGGUCAGACGGAAUCAGUUGAGGCAGAUUAUCUCCUGUUUGGAUACCCGCUCCUGUUUCCAAUUCUCACCUAUUUCCCAUGGCUAGACAUGCUUUUCACGGAAGGUUGGAAACAAACAACUUCACUUGUCUGACGGAGAUGCUCAUAUACAAGCGUACACAUAAACACGCGCACACACGACCGACUUGUUUCAGUUUCUCCUGUGUUAGCACGGUUCUAUAAUUGAGACGUUCCAAUCAUGACCGUUUGUAUAUGAGAAACAACGUUGUCUGAAUUCUUCUUCGCCUAAGACGACGAUUGGGCUGUAAUUUGAAGGAGAUUUUACUGUUAUUUCUAGCAGGUAAGCACAGAACAGGAUGUUACAACCCCACCACCAUCAACUCGACAGAAGAGUAACAUUUAUUGGAACUCUCCAGUGAAAAGAGAACAGUUAUAUCGCUAUUACCCAGCAUGCAGCACGUGUGACCCUCAAACAAUGAAGUCCUUCCUGUCGUUUUUCUUCGAUUCUUUUUUAUUUCCAGCGACCUUCCAUUAGAGACCUUCCCUACUGACACUGUGAUCCCACCAUGGGGCACUGUACAUAACCCUUCGAGAACCUCACACUUCACCCUCCUUCCAUUAUAAUCUAAUUUACCGCCGAAAUUUCAAUUUCUCCCUCCAAAUAAUUCCUCUUUCCAAUUUCUUGAAACCCUAACAACCCUUCCUCCCCUAACCGACUUCUACUCUUUCUGAAUUAUUAUAAAUCCAGCCGUGACCAUCACCAAUAAUGGAUCCAUUAAAUACUCACUACUUUACUACGGGACUCACACCUCAGUUACAGAGUCCGAUGGUGUCCCCUGCUUUUAAUUUAUCUUCGAUUGGGUCAUCACCAGUGAUGCCAGGAUCUAAUUCCAGUGUUUACCCACAGCCAACAUCAGCCACUGGGGCCCCUAUGACACCAAUGACUCCUGCUACACCAACAUCAGAAGGAUCAGGCAUAACACCUCAAUUACAAAAUAUUGUAUGUACAGUGAACCUCAGUUGUAAGUUGGACCUGAAAAAGAUAGCAUUACAUGCCAGGAAUGCUGAGUAUAACCCAAAACGGUUUGCUGCUGUGAUUAUGCGAAUACGAGAUCCAAGAACAACAGCUCUUAUCUUUAGUUCAGGCAAAAUGGUCUGCACCGGUGCUAAAAGUGAAGAUAUGGCUAAAUUAGCAGCACGAAAAUAUGCAAGAAUUGUCCAGAAACUUGGAUUUCCUGCCAAAUUCCUUGACUUUAAGAUCCAGAAUAUGGUUGGUAGUUGUGAUGUCAAGUUCCCCAUUCGUCUUGAAGGUUUAGUUUUAACACAUCAACAAUUUUCAAGUUAUGAACCAGAAUUAUUCCCUGGAUUAAUUUACCGAAUGGUCAAACCUAGGAUUGUGUUGUUAAUAUUUGUGUCUGGGAAAGUUGUCUUAACAGGGGCCAAAGUCCGACAAGAAAUUUACGAUGCCUUUGAAAAUAUCUAUCCAAUAUUGAAGGGUUUCAAGAAGCAGUGAAUGCCAGUCACCUUUAUCCCUGUUCAAUAUUCAAAUAUCUGGCACAGACAGCAACACGGAAGGAACACGCCAAACACCACACCAUAAUCUUGUAGAAGACCAAUCUUUGGUGAACAUUGAACAUAGAAUCUUGGUGUUGUGUCAGACAAGUUUCAUAAUCCAUCUUUUCCAAAGUUAGAAGAAUAAAGACAUUGGAAGAGAGUUUGUUGUCUGCCAAGAAUGGAACCCUCAAGUUCUGCAGAAUUAAAACCAUGAAAAUGUGACUGAUGUCGAGAGGGAAGUGACCAAGCUCCAACCUAACCAGGUGCCCAAUAUUGAUCACAACUUAGGUGUCUCCUCUAUUCCACCUGACACCAGUCACCAAGCUACCCAGUAUCCACUCAACACCAGUUCUUCAAUAGAUUCCAACAAUUUGUCCACUUCUCUCCUUUCCAGAGACCCUCAUCCAUUUUUUUGUGAAAUAUUUUUCCUCCAGACACCAGCAUGCUACUGACCCUUUACCUUUCACUGUCCUUUCAGUAAUUUAUUCUGCCACCUCUGGAGGUGGGAGGGGGGCAUCUGUGUUUGAUGGUUCUAUACCCCUGCCCCUGGCCAGGGGUCUGAGAUGGUCAACAGAAACUGUGCAGAAGCCAUGUUGUGUGUGUGUGUGUAUAUAUAAAUAUAUAUAUGUAUAUGUAUAUAUAGACACACACAAGCAUAAGGAAGAAAUACUCGCUAUACAGACUGGAUAAUAACAUCAAUUAAAACUAGCAACGCAAGAUUCAAAUUAAUGAUGGCAUAAAAUCUGCUUUAAUUACUGAUAUGAAUGUUUGUAUGUGUUUGAGCAUAUAUAUAUAUAUAUAUAUAUAUAUAUAUAUAUAUGCACACACAUGUAUACGUGUGAGCAUAUCUAUAUGUGUUAGCAACAGUGGGGGAAAAGAAAAACUGAAAAGUUUGUUUUUCAAACCAAAUCCUUUGUGAUGUUUGUUUUGUCUCAAGCUACAGAUACUCCUUGUCCACUUUUGCCACUAGAAAUGCUGUGAAUCAAUGGUCAGCAUGCUGGGACCUUAUAAGCAAUAAUGCUGUUCUUUACCAGUGGCAAUUUGAAAGUUAUCAGGAGACAGAUCUAUGAACAGGUAUUGCACCAGCAUGGCCUUGGUCAUCUCAGGGCGCGGGGGGGGGGUUCCUCCACCUCCACAAUAUCCCCCUUCCUUUCUCUCUUUAUGUCAGUACCACUCCACCCUCCAACUUGUGAUGAAAAUGGAUGGUGAGGGUUAACAAGGUUGACACCUUUUGACCCUGUCAGGUCAAAGGUCAUGUUCAUAAAUGACAUUGAAUCACCACUCUAAUAAACUUCUUUAUUUUUUA